AUGGCAUCGAGGGAGUCCGGUCGAAUCCGUGAGGCGGACAAAAAACGUGUCCUGGAUGAUGCCUCCCGAAAGCGCCGCGCCCGCAAGGCCCUGGAAGCGCUCGAGCAGGACAACUAUCACGAAGAUCCACACGCCGAUUUGGUCAUGUCGAAGAAAAUUCCCAAAUUCCAGGACAAUCUCGAAGGGGUGAGUAGCAGUAGCAACAGCAACAAGAAGAAAACCAAACGUAGCAAGGGGGCGGAGUAUUACCGGGCAAAGUAUAGGAAAAACUUUCCCCAACUGCUGGAGGAGGACAAAAUGCAGCGGCCCGACGGACCGAAUUACUUUACGGCCGCUGCCCAGCCGUCGAAGCUGCCGGAACGGCACUUCUGUGCGGUGUGUGGAUUCCCAUCCAGUUAUACCUGUACGGCCUGUGGAACUCGGUACUGCUCGGUGCGUUGUUUGGGAACCCAUCAGGACACGAGGUGUCUCAAAUGGACUGCGUAGUUGCGAUGUGGUUGAGUGUUUAGAAUCCUUAUUGAUAAAGAUAACUUAAAUUUCUGAAUAAAAGUUUCAUGAAAAGACCAAAAAUACAUUGGUUUACUUACCUCUA